UCUUCUAUUGGUCAGAGUCAGGAGUGGGGAUGGAGCCAGGAUAGUUCGAAGAGGCUAGAGUUUGGAGUCUGGACGCCGAGUCCCCACUUCAGCGGACCGUUUGGUGCUGAAGCCGCGCGGAGAUGGCCGAACCCGGCGCUGCCGCCUCUGCAGGCCGACUGCUGGCGAUGGGCGUGACGGGGACGGUGCUAGCCCUGGUGGCUGUGCUGCUGCUCCGGACCGCCACUUUCCCCGAGCCGGACGAGCUGCGAGGCUGGGGGCGCACAGGGGCGUCCAGGAUCCCUGCCCAGUUCAGCGAGGCUGAGCGUACAGCAAUGAAAGAGGCUUUGAAAGAAGCAAUUCAGAUGCCCACAGUGUCCUUCAGCUCUGAAAAUAUCAACACCACAGCUCUGGCUGAAUUUGGGGAACAUAUUCGGAAAGUCUUCCCCUUCUUGUUCUCCACUAGCUUCAUCCAGCAUGAGGUUGUGGAACAAUACAGCCACCUGUUCACCAUCCAUGGGUCUGAUCCCAAGUUGGAACCCUACAUGCUACUUGCUCACAUUGAUGUUGUACCUGCUCCUAAUGAUGGCUGGGAAGUGCCACCCUUCUCUGGGCUGGAGCGUGAUGGCUUCAUCUAUGGACGAGGCACAAUCGACAACAAAAACUCUGCUAUGGCAAUCCUGCAGGCCAUGGAACUGCUGCUGAGAAGAAAUUAUGUCCCUCAAAGAUCUUUCUACAUCUCCUUAGGACAUGAUGAGGAGGUAUCUGGAACAUAUGGAGCACAGAAGAUUGCAGCCCUACUGGAGUCACGAGGUAUCGAGCUGUCCUUCAUCAUAGAUGAGGGAGGCUACAUUAUGGAUGAUUUUAUCCCUGGCUUUGAGAAGCCUUUUGCAUGGAUUUCAGUGUCAGAGAAAGGCGGUAUGAACCUCAUGCUACAGGUAGAUUCUGAUCCUGGACAUUCAUCGAUGCCCCCAAAGGAAACAAGCAUUGGCAUCCUUGCAGCAGCAGUCAGCCGGCUGGAGAAAACACCAAUGCCUAACAUGUUUGGAUAUGGGACUGAAAAGAGCAUAUUGGAGCAACUUGCAGGACAGUUUGGUUUCCCAUUGAAUAUCAUCCUGACCAACCUGUGGAUAUUUGGGCCCAUUAUGAGCAGAAUACUUGAGAAAAGUCCUGCCACUAAUGCAAUGGUCCGAACCACUGUGGCACUCACCAUGUUCAAUUCAGGGAUAAAGGUGAAUGUCAUCCCUCCAACCGCCCAGGCAACAAUCAAUCUUCGUAUCCAUCCUGCCCAGACUGUCCCUGAGGUUCUAGAAAUUGUCCGGAACGUUGUGGCUGAUGAUCGAGUCCGGUAUCACGUGCUCAAUGCCUUUGACCCCCUCCCCCUGAGUCCCCAUGACAAUGAGGCUUUUGGUUACCAGCUUCUCAAAAGAACCAUAAGAGAUGUCUUCCCAGAGGUCACUGCUGUUGUCCCAGGAAUUUGUGUUGGGAACACUGACGCACGACACUACACCAACAUCUCCAAAGGCCUCUAUCGAUUUAACCCUAUCGCUCUUAAUCCACAGAGCUUCAAAAGUUUCCACGGCUUAAAUGAGAAGAUCUCCAUCCAAGCCUAUGAAACCCAGGUGGCGUUCCUGUUUGAAUUGAUCCAGAAUGCAGAUACUGAGAAGGUUCCCAGACCUCAUUCUGCUGAACACGAACUGUGAGAGGAUGGUGACUCUCUCCAGCUGUACCCUGGGAGAUGUUAAGCCCUUCUCCAAAGCAGUCAGCCUCUGGGUGAGGGUGGAGGUGGAAAAUGCACAUUAUUUUGCAGCAGGGGCGGGGAACCUUUAUUCUGCCAAAGGCCAUUUGGAUAUUUGUAACAUCAUUUGCAGACUGUACAGAAUCACCAACUUAAAGAAGUCAUGCAGUGGGAGGUUGUCACUGCCUGCCGUUGCCUUGGCAGGGCCAGACUAAAUGAUCUUGUGGACCUCAUAAAGCCACGUGCCAGACGUUCCUCACCACUGUUUUACAGAAAAUUUUGGACAAACACACGAAGCAGCCCCCUGCCCACCUUCCGGUCUUAACUCCGGACCUGUCCAUAAGCGGGGAUUCAGUGAUGGGGAGAGGAGUGAAUUUAGGCAACUUUAGCCUGAUCCCAAGAUGUUUUUGUUCGCUUCUCACCACUUUGGAGCAUACUUCUCCCAGCUUCCUCUGCUGACUUUCGGGCUUGGACCAUCAGGUUUUUCCUAGAGACGAUUUUCAUUUGUAGGCAUUACUACUUAACCCUCCAUACACAACUAUUUCUAUUACACCCUUUCCUCUAUUGUUCUGACCCAAGGACCUGCAGUUUCUGGCCUCUGGUGCACUUUCCUUCUCCUCCUUUUCCCCCUCUCUCUCCAUUCCUUUCCCUCUUCCUCUCCCUUUUGUGCUGGGAGGAACCCAAAUAUGAAACAAGCCAAACUAACAUGAGAUGAAAUAAAGUGAUCAGUACUCCA